GGAGACACCGGCUGCUCCGGGGACGGCGGGGGAUGCGGCACAACGGGCAACGACUAGAACCGUAUAACGGGAAGGAUUUUCCGUUCGCGCUAGGCGGGAACGUGCAGCAGCUGGACGGGGAGCUUUUAUUCGAGGGGUCGGUGUUUACUCGGGGCCUUGCUCGCUUUAUUCCUUCGGCUCUCACUGCAGCGCCGCCACGGCACGCAACGCAAUGCACGCCGCUGUUGACACAACAAAGACGGGCAAUUAGCGGCGCUUUUGCCUGUGGGGUGCACCGCUGUGUGGACGCGGUGGAGAGACCCACUCGGGGUUGAUAGUGGAUGCUAGCUCGAGUCGUGUUGACGUAUUAUGCAGCUGCACAGGUUACUUUUGUACGAAAAAAAAAUAAAUAUGCACACACUUGACCAUGCAGGCCUCUGCACAUCUAUCCGCCUAGUUUUCAUUCAUUCACAGCUAAAUCUAUUUUAUUUCCAAUAGUGAUCAGCACACCUAAUGAAGCUCAGUGCAGCUCUGCUUACCUGUUCCCUUUAAUGACUUUUAUUCAGUUAUUCAUUUUUCAGAUCUGCUAUUCAUAUUGAAAUUUGAGCUACAUCCAUGCGGACCUGUAUAAUUUAAACUACUGAAAGUAGUAAAAUCCUAUAUUGGAGAAUAAAAGCCAAGAUCUGGAACAUCAAACAGAUGAUCAAGUUGACACAAGAACACUUAGAGGCUCUUCUGGACAAGUUUGGAGGAGAACAUAAUCCUCCCUCCAUAUAUCUUGAGGCCUAUGAGGAGUACACCAGCAAGCUGGACGCCCUGCAGCAGAGGGAGCAGCAGCUGCUGGAGGCCACCGGCAACGGCACCGACUUCUGCUCGCCGAGUCCCGUGCCGGUGCUUGUGGAGGUCAAGACGGGAUGCGGCGGGGGAGGCGCUCAAGCUUUCCCCUCGGCGCCCAACACCCUGGCCGUCCUCCAGAAACCCACCGAUGCCAGCCGCAGCAACCCGCGCUCGCCGCAGAAGCCCAUCGUCCGGGUCUUUCUGCCCAAUAAACAGAGAACAGUGGUCCCCGCCCGCUGUGGGAUGACCGUGCGAGACUCGCUCAAGAAGGCCCUCAUGAUGCGAGGACUCAUCCCGGAGUGCUGCGGCGUCUACAGGAUACAAGACGGAGAGAAGAAGCCUAUCGGUUGGGAUACGGAUAUUUCCUGGCUCACGGGGGAAGAGUUGCACGUGGAAGUCUUAGAGAAUGUGCCGCUCACCACGCACAACUUUGUGAGGAAGACCUUCUUCACGCUGGCCUUCUGCGACUUCUGCCGGAAGCUUCUUUUCCAGGGCUUCCGCUGUCAGACGUGCGGCUAUAAGUUCCACCAGCGCUGCAGCACCGAGGUCCCCCUCAUGUGCGUCAACUACGACCAGCUCGAUUUGCUGCUGGUGUCCAAGUUCUUCGAGCAUCACCCUUUCACCCAAGAGGAGGUCUCCUCCGAGGGGACCACCCCCGUCUCCGAAGUCUGUCCGUCGCUCCCGCCGUCCGACUCCACCGGGUCCAUGUGCCACGCCGCCUUGUCCCCGUCCAAGUCCAUCCCCAUCCCGCCGAGUUUCCGGCCCACUGAGGAGGAACACCGCAACCAGUUCGGCCAGCGGGAUCGCUCGUCCUCAGCUCCCAACGUUCAUAUCAACACCAUCGAGGCCGUCAACAUUGAUGACCUGAUCCGAGAUCAGGGACUAGUGAGGUCUGAUGGAGGGUCAACCACCGGAUUGUCGGCCACACCCCCCGCCUCGCUCCCCGGCUCCCUGACCAACGUCAAGGUGCCCCAGAAGUCGCCGUGCCCGCAGAGGGAGCGCAAGUCGUCGUCCUCGUCUGAGGACCGCAACAAGAUGAAAACGCUGGGGAGGCGGGACUCCAGUGACGACUGGGAAAUCCCCGAAGGGCAGAUUACGCUCGGGCAGAGGAUAGGCUCCGGCUCCUUUGGAACUGUCUUCAAAGGAAAAUGGCACGGUGAUGUGGCGGUGAAGAUGUUGAACGUGACCGCUCCGACACCUCAGCAGCUUCAGGCCUUCAAGAACGAAGUGGGCGUCCUCAGGAAAACACGUCACGUCAACAUCCUGCUGUUCAUGGGCUACACCACCAAGCCUCAGCUGGCCAUCGUGACGCAGUGGUGCGAAGGCUCCAGCCUCUACCACCACCUGCACAUCAUCGAGACCAAGUUUGAAAUGAUCAAGCUCAUCGACAUCGCCAGGCAGACCGCUCAGGGGAUGGAUUACCUGCACGCAAAGUCCAUCAUCCACCGCGAUCUGAAGAGCAACAAUAUUUUCCUCCAUGAGGAUUUGACGGUGAAGAUAGGCGACUUUGGCCUGGCCACAGUCAAGUCCCGCUGGAGCGGCUCCCACCAGUUUGAACAGCUGUCCGGCUCCAUUCUGUGGAUGGCUCCGGAAGUGAUCCGACUGCAGGACAAGAAUCCUUACAGCUUCCAGUCCGACGUUUACGCCUUUGGCAUUGUGCUGUAUGAACUCAUGUCAGGAGCGCUGCCCUACUCCAACAUCAACAACAGAGAUCAGAUCAUAUUCAUGGUUGGCCGAGGUUACCUGUCCCCCGACCUCAGCAAGGUGCGGAGCAACUGCCCGAAGGCUAUGAAGAGGCUAAUGGCCGACUGCUUGAAGAAGAAGAGAGAGGAGCGACCCCUCUUCCCUCAGAUCUUGGCGUCCAUCGAGCUGCUGGCUCGCUCGUUACCCAAAAUCCACCGCAGCGCCUCGGAGCCUUCGUUAAACCGCGCCGGCUUUCAGACGGAGGACUUCAGCUUAUACGCCUGCGCCUCGCCCAAAACUCCCAUCCAAGCGGGCGGCUAUGGGGAGUUUUCAGCAUUCAAGUAAGUGCUGUGCAUCUCACCAGCCCUUCCCUCGUCACUGCUCCAAAGUCCUUCCGUCCUUGCCGUGGAUUAAUUCAUCACUGGAAAACAAAACAAAACUGAAAUGUAGUCUUAAACGAAUGUGCCGUUUUCUUCCUCUACAAAUGAUGAGAUUCCUUCCAGCUUCAAAGCUGUCCGUUGGGCAACCAGCCAAAGCGACAGCAAAUUGAAUCGGGGGGCAAAAAAAAAAAUCCAAUUUAAGAAAAAUACACCACAAAAAAAAAUCACAAACGGAAAAGAAAACCAAGCACGAAUAUAUCCAUACCAAAACCAUUUGGAGGCGGGGCAAACUUCCCAGGUGGACUAGCCCGCCUAAGAAAAUGGCGACGGGAUGCGACACGGCGAGGAAAAGGCCGAGCGGCUCCGGCUGCACUUUGGAAGGCGGCCUACAGGGGGCGGCCCUCUGGCGGGCUCGCUGAGAUGAGCUGAGAAGCGGGAGGACUUCUUCCCCAACUGUGACUUGAAAGCAACUUUUUCUAUAUAUAGCUCAAAGUUUGUCAUGCUACGACUUUAACUAGCGCUAGCUAGAGGUUUGGGGGUUUUGGAGAAAACUUUCCGUCUAGCAGCAAGCUUGUUGCUUUUUACCUUCGCCCUAUUCCUGACUUGACCCUUGUCCAAAAAAAAAAAAAAAAAUGAAGACUGUUUUGGCAGGUACAAAGGCACCGUUUAAUGAGACGUUAGCAACCAAAAUUCGCUUUUUUUUUGCCGAGUUUUUGUGGGUGAUAGAAGCUCUUUAUUUUGCCAUAUGGAUUUUUGGGGACGACAGAAACGAUAAUCUAUUGACGAUAGAAACAACAAAACGUAUUUGACAGUUGACAUGACCAAAAAAAAAUAAUAAUAAAAGCAACAACAUUUGGCGAUAGAAGCAUGAAUUUCAAUAUUUUUAUUCGUAAAAAGAUUUUGGACAACAAAAAUUUUUUUUUGCGAUAGGACAGUAGAAGACUUUUUUUGCCUUAGAAACAAAACUUUUUUGCUCCAACAAAAGCGACGUUUUGGGUGAGGCAAUGGAAGCUACGCAACUUUUCUUGGCCAUAAAAGCAACACAUCUCUUUUUGGUGAUAGAAGCAACAAAAAAAAUUUGGUGCCCAUGGAAUGACUACUUUUUUUGUGGGUGGGGCAGGUGAUAGAAGUGGGAUCUACAUUCCAUUUUUAAAGCACUGAACAGUUUACGUGGAAGUUGUGUGAGUAUCUUAAGAUUUUAGGAAGAGGGGCUUUUUUUUUUGGGUGGGGGGGGGGUUACUGAAGUCGAGGAGCACAUUUUGUGCAUGUCAUUGUUUCUGUUCCCUUUUUUUGGUGCGUUAUGUUGCUUUAGUAUUGCACUCUGGUCCGGAUCCCAUUUCUUGAAGCAGCCUGACUAAACGGUGUCACUAAAUGAAACGCUCAGAUGAAUCGAAUGAGUUCAUUCCAGAAUGUGCAGUUUUGUUGAUUUUUUUUUUUUUUCUGUACAGACCAGCAGUAUUUAUUUGUUGUUUAUGUUUUACAAGCUAAUUUUUGGAAUUCUUUUGACGCUUUCUUGCCAAGUCUGUGACUUCUAGACGUUUGCACUUUGUAGAAAUGAUUUGAAGCAAAUGAGCGACUUGCCUUUUUUUGUGUUAUUAUUGACAUUAUUAUUAUUUUUGUCCCAAUUUGGCAAAGCACACGGUAUCCGAAGUCGGUGGCCUCACUAGUUUGGCAUCUGCAGGACCCGAUGCUAAGAUUUUGCCGUCAGCUUGCUUUUUUUUGUUCGUAAUAUGUAUCCACUCCCAAAAUGAAGAGAGCUGAGCUCACCAUUUUAGUUGUUUUGGGCUUUGAAGCAUAUAGUUGCCAUCGUAAGCGGUCAUGAAAGAUUACGCUUUGCUUUUCACUUCCUGGCAGCUCCUUUUACAAUAGUUAUUUAUGUCGGAUAUAGUCGUCCAUGUUUUACGUUAACUUUGAAAGUGACGGAGGGGUGACAAACCAAACUGCACAGCUCUGUUGAAAAGUGUUUUUGCCAAACGUUUCAAUUAUUCCGAUUAUUUGUAUUUGUAACGUUUCAAUUAUGAUAUUUGUGCUGGUUUCGGGGAUUUGUUCAAACGGAAAUACACGCUAUAAAUUUUAAGUGCAAGAAACAAAAAUGAAUUUACAUUUAUUAAAGAGAAAAAAUGGAACCGUUUGACUUGGCUUCAAAUGAAAAGCAUGAAUCACUAAAUUCUGUAUUAUUAUUGUUUGUUUUUAAAGGCACAAAACAACAAUAAUCAGAAGGUACAUGCUUUUUAUUUUGACGCUUUGUCACUUGUUACCAAAUCUCUUUAAGCAUUAUAAAAGUGACAACUACAUUUCCAUUAUUGUUUCAUGACUGCAAUUCUACUAUGACGGCUUGACUUUUGUAUUAUUUUUCUUUAAUCCCAUUUCAAAAGCAUUGACUGAAAAGUGGGCUUCUGUGUCAUCUUUUUCUGUCAUUCCCUCCCGUCCCCAACACUUAAACCUACUCCAUAGUCACACUAUAAUGUUAAUUUAGGGAUAAGAGCGCCUAUAAAUUGCCUAAAAGUGACCUCCAUUGUCUAAGUUGGUGUAUUUUUUUUAAUGUUCCUCCUUUUGUCUUUGCUGCCUGCACCUUUAAAAAAAAACACCGCCUAAUUCUGUCCAGCAGAACUAUCAUGUCUUUAAAACUGUUUGCUUGUUUUGUUCAUUCCCCUCUUCUCCAUCUGUAAAUAAUGUACAAAGAAAAUCUUGUCAAUUUGCUAGGAAAGCAUGGAGAGAUCUACACAUGUAACAAACUUUAAAAUGUCCAAAGACAUUUUCAAAAAUGGUUGCGUGUACAAGAAAAAAAAACUAUUUAAGGCUGUAUCAUAAGGAGAAAGAGCUUAAUGUAUUUGUUGUGAAUAUGAGAAACUGAUAUAUUAAAGAAGUGCAUGAAAAUCAA